AUGGUAUCAGCUGUGCUUCUUGUCCACCAGGCCACGCCGCAAACCAUUCUCCAGUUCCACGACGAAAUGUGCAACAAGCUCCCCGCGCUCAAAGGCAAGUGGGGCUUUUCGUUCAAGGUCUUCCGCAACAACAUCUACCUGGUGCCGCCACAUUUGGCCGCGUCGCACGAAACAGCGCCCCGAAACUCGUAUCUCUAUACGUGGGUGCCGUCGUACCUCCACGACGCGUGUGUGACGCUCGUGGACAAAACGUCGGCGGCUGUUUUCAGCCACGUGAUCCGCGAGGAGCUCAGCCUCGACCACGCGCUUGCCGUGCCGGACCGCCAUCUCCACGAGGGCGCCACGUGCGGAUUCAACGACCUGUUUGAUUUCUUAGUGGGCCAGCGCAUGCAGAGCCUCUGGACGCAGCGCCAGGCCAUCCGCGGCGACGGCGGCCAGAUCUACGAGCUCGAAAACGGCAACUUGGUCAUCCGCACGGCCAACGUGUCUCUCCACGGCAACUUCCGCGGCUUCCUAAUCCAGAUCGAGGUGGACCACACCAAGCUUCACACGGCGGACCGUGCGCAGAUCUUUGCCGACUUGAUUGCCAAGUACGACAUUCCAAAGGGCUCGUUGUGCUACCUGGUGAUGAGCGAGGACCGGCCGGAUCUGUACGGCGACUUGGUGCUCCAGUAUGCGGAGACACUCAAUUUCUAG